AUGGAAUGCGUCUGUGCAGUGACCUGGUUCUGUACGGUGGAGGUUGGGACUGUUACGUGCCGUGACGAAUCGCGGUUAUUUCGUGGUCGGCGAACGGUAUCAAAUAGCCCCUUCUUUCUAGCUGCAUUGCUGCUAUUUUACUUCGAAGCGCGGCUAU